AUGCGCACAGCCAAUCGUUUGGCAGUCCUUGAGGAUGUGGGAAGAAUGGCCCUGGUCAAAGAGGAGGUCCCUGUACCCUUAGAGGGAGAAGUCCUGGUACGCAUCACCCAUGCCGGGCUGUGUGGUUCGGACUUGCAUUACUUUCGCCAUGGAGGUCUGGGUUCCUUCAAGACGCCGCUGCCCAUGUACAUGGGACACGAGCCAGCCGGCGUGAUAGCAGAUGCCAACAAAUGUUCCGGGUGGUCAAUUGGAGAUCGUGUGGCAGUGAUUCCCCUUUGCCCAUGUCUCAGCUCAAAGAUGUCCAUGAGAGGAAAACAGCACCUGUGCGAAAGCGGAACCUUCAUGGGCGCUGGGAAGACCCGGGGCUGUUUCGCGGACUUUGUUUGUGUCAGUACGCUUCAACUGGUGCGCGUUCCUUCGCAUGUGCCCCUGGAGUUGGCCAUGAUGACUGAACCGCUUUCCGUGGCUCUUCACUCGCUGAAGUUGAGUCAAGCAGCGAUGUUUGAUGCCUUGGAUGGCGAUGUUUGCAUCCUGGGUGCUGGGGCCAUUGGCUUGUGCCACCUGUUACUGCUGAAGCACGUGGGAGCCCGAAGAGUGCAUGUGGUGGAGCCGAUAAAUGGUCGAAGGGAGAUGGCCCUUCGCCUCGGAGCCAGCAGUGCAGUGCCAAGCGAGGGCUGCACCGCGCAGCUGAAGCAAAACCUCGGCAAGGGCUGCGAGCUCGUCUUCGAUUGUGCUGGCACCGAGCAGAGCUUCCAGGUGGCUCUCCAGGUCGCCUCGAGUGCUGCCUUGGUGGUCCUGGUUGGGAUUCCAGAAGUGGACUAUCUACAGUACAAUCCACAUGUGGCCCGCAUCAAGGAGCUUACGAUCCUCAACGCGCGCCGAGCCAACCAGACCCUGGCUGCGUGCCUCGAGCUGCUCUCAAUGUCAGCGCAGCUGCGGGAAGGCUGUCUGAAGAUGCUAACGCACAGGAUGCCGCUGUCGAAUAUCCAGAUGGCCUUCGAGAUGGCAUCCUCAUACCAAGAUGGAGUCAUAAAGGCUGCACUGCUGCCAGAGGUCACGACGCACACCUUCAAGCGAGUUGGACUGAUCGGCGGGACUGCUCACAGUGUGGCGUACUUCAGGCAAUUGAAAGAGGAGGGGCUGGAGGUGCUCCUUGUUGCCAUGGACUCAACUGGGACGUGGCCACAUCGGGACGAGAACCAAAAGAAACUGAGGGACCUUUGUCGUGAGCAUGGCGUGAGACACCUCAUUUCUUUGUCGGAAAUCCCACUUGGUUUGGAGGACCUCGGACUGGAUUUGUUGAUCGAUGCAGGCUUCCACCUACAGGUUGAGCCUCGGGCGAUCUUGUCUGAAACUCUGGCACCAAGCGGAGUUCGGGUGACGACAGCGCUGGCGUUGCCCUGCACAUCAAUGCCGUGGGCUUUGCUCGAAGCUGCCUCUCUGGGGGUUACAAGCUUCGUUGAUCAGGACACGGUGGUGGAUAUUUGCAGAGUAGAUGUGGCGAAUGCUUCCUCUGCGUGGGAGGCAAUAGACACGCUUUCCACAACUGCCUCGUGCCGCCUGCAGGGCUGGAUCAAGGCUAUGCAAACCGGUGACUAUGACAUGUCCAUGCUGGGCGUGUGGCACAGUUCACGGACGGGCCUUGGCCUAGAUCGGCCGAGCUUGUCUUUUCCAAACGAGAGUUGGGUGUCCUGGCACUGGCGCGGCAGCUUCAUCCAACGCUUCGCUUGCUCCCAGCAGCUGCUUCCAAACGCCAAAGUUGCGCGGCUCUGCCGGGAAGAUGGCCAGGAGGUCAGAUUCACUGUGUGUGAGGUGCACCCGGUCGAACGGUUCCUCACAAUCCAGGAACGGCUGCAGCGCUUUGCAGCCGCAAAGCUUGGUGAGGUUCUGGCUGUCGAUGGAGACUGCGCGUGGGUGCGAGGAGCUGACGCUGAAAUCCUGUGUCAGCCCUCCCACACACUUUGCAGAGGGGAGGUCUUGCGCUCGAUUGGAGAUAGGGGCGCCUUUGGCAUUCCAAUGGACUUCGGUGGCGAAGUGUGGCAAGCAGCCAGGGCAAAGACCACCUGGGGGGCAUUGCCUUCAUCGCCUGAACAGAAGCCACCAAAGCGGUGUGCAGCCAGCAUCGAUUCAGAGUGCACGUCACGCAAAGUGCCGAUGUUCCAACUGGACUUUGAGCCCGACUUCGUGGAUGCUUUCGCUUCCGGGGCACGGGACAUUCUCUCCAGCGGGCGCCCGCUGAGCGAGAAUCAGUUCACCAGGAAGUUCGAGACUGCCUUUGCCAAGCUGGUACAUGCGCCAUUUGCACUAGCAACCACGUCUGGCACAGUGGCCUUGGAGAUUGCCAUGCGAGGUGUUGGGGUCGCUGGCAAGGUCGUGAUCAUCCCCAGCAACACUUUCUUUGCCACUCAAGUAGCUGCCUCCAAUGCUGGGGCAGUCCUUGAGUGGGUUGACAUUGAGCCAGAGUACAUGCAGGUUUGCCCGCAAAACCUGGACAUGGUGUUUAAGCGACACGCGCGCGGAUCUGUUGCAGCCGUAGUUCUCGUGCACAUUGCUGGCAUUAUCUCUCCGCACUUUCGGAAGAUCAGGGACCUGUGCGCCCAGAAUGGAGCGGCCUUGGUUGAGGAUGCGGCUCACGCCCACACGGCCUUCUUUUCGGACCAAGAGCGUGCAGGUACAAUCGGAGAUGUUGCUGCUUUUUCCUUUUUUCCUACAAAGGUGAUGACAGCUGGCGAAGCUGGAAUGGUCACUACAAAGAACGAGGUUCUCUUCAAGAGAAUGCAGAGCAUCAAGGAGUUUGGGAAGGACAUAGAUGGUCCAAAGUCCCGACUCAUACAAGUGCGAAAAGAAGCAACCAAUGGUCGCAUCUCUGAGUUCACAGGGCUACUUGGCUUCCUCGAGUGCGGUCGUGUGACGGCCAGGGUAACGCGUCGCAACGCUUUGGUGCGGCGUUUUGCGCAGAAGCUAGAUGGCAGGUUUAUCAGACUUAUUUCUGAACUGAGCUCCGCGGAUUCGCAAUGCGGACUGGCUGAUGCGGAUUGGCUGAUGCGGUGCGCAGUGAAAGCAGUGACUGCAGCGAUUGUGAUCGAUUUGUUCGAGGCACGGGCGGUGAGAGACCCUUAUGAAGUGCUUGGUGUGAAGCCGUCGGCCAGCCAGCGUGAAAUCAAGCAAGCCUACCUCAAGGCCUCGUUAAAGUGGCAUCCGGACAAAAACCCAACAGAAGAAGCGCAGGCUAAGUUCAUUGAGCUGAGCGAGGCCUAUAGCGCUUUGUCCGGAUCAAGCCGUAGUAGACGCAGCUCUGGCACUGGCCGCAGAGAAAGCGGCAAAGCCGGACUGAGCCAGGUACACCUCGCAGAAGCCUUGAAGAUUUUCGCUGCUUCAAUCGGUUUGUCGAAUGAGAAUGGUGAGAUUGAGUGGGCCACAGUGGAGAAGAAGGUCUCGGAGGUGUUGUCUCGUGCUGCCGAGUCUGUUGAGCAAGCUCUUCGUCAGCGAUAUCUCCACGAAAAUGGUGCCAUCAAGUGGAGGCAAGUCAUGGGAGACACCGCCGUUGCCGGGGCAGCGCUCCUGGCCGCCUUCGGCACGGACAGCCAGGACGAGCUUUGA